AUGCUGGAGGCCACGCUGCCCUUCGGCGGCAAAGACUUGGAAGAGCUGCAGGACCGGGUGCUGUGCGGCUCCUACGUGGUGCCACGUGGCAUCAGCCCGGCCCUGCAGGAGCUGCUGGCGUGGCUGCUCACCGUUGACGCCUCGGGGAGGCCCAGUGCGGAGGACGCCAGCACCCACUCGUGGUUCAGCCUCAGCCGAGAAGCCGCCCAGGAGCACGAGGAGGGCGCGGUCACCCCGCUGCAGCCCCUGGGCGUUCCCCGGGACCUGGAGGCCAGGGAGUACCUGGCGGGCCUCGGCCUGCUGCCAGGCACAGGGACCGAGGGGACUCCAGGCCCUCAGCCCCAGGACCCUGCGUCCCUGCCCAAGUCCUCGCAGAACAGCAAGUUCCCCCCCAUAGAGGACGACGGCUUGGCUCUGGUGUCCUGUGACAGCAUGGCCGUCAACGUUUCCUCCGCACAAAGCGACUCCUCCGAGGCCCCCAGCCAGCCACAGCAGGAGAGGAGCCCUGCUCCCAGUGCCGCCCCCGACUCCUCCAAGCCCUCCAGCCAGCCACAGCAGGAAAGGAGCCCUGCUCCCAGCGCAGCCCCCCAGCCAGCCUCCAAGGCGUCGCCCUCCAGCCCCAAUGCCAGGAGCCGUGUGGACCUCGCAGAGCCAGAAGCCGCCGCAGCUGCCCGUGAGCCUGAGGGGGCUGGGACCGCAGCCACCGCUGACACCACAGACUCCACAGCCAGCGCCCAGGACAAGAGGCAGGGCCGGCACGGGGUCGGCAGGAGGAUCCUCCGGUUCCUGCCGAGGGCGUGCUGCAUCCUGCCGUCCUGAGGGAGCAGCCCUGGUCACUGCUGCCGCAGAGUGGCCCCCAAGUAGCCUCGCUCCGCCCCCGUCACCAGGAGCAAUGCGCAGGCUGAGCUGACUGAACGUUU